AUGCUGGUUCCACAGCUAUUCAAGAAUUAAAUACUUUUAUGAAAGAAUUUAUAAAAAAGCACAGUCCAAGUCAUACAAAUCGUCAAGAAUUGAAUCGGAAAUAUAGCAAAAAAAAGUCACCUGCUGAAUUGCAUAGUUCUGAUUUGAAUAUGCAAAACAUUAUUCGUUCUAAAAAAGGCGCACCUCGUAAAACUAGAUUUAAAGGAUCUCAGGAAAUUAAAAAGAAAGUUUCAGCUAAAGUUUCAACUAGAAAACCGACGGAAUGUCAGCAGUGUUAUAAAGCUGGGCAUAAUAAGACAG